UCGCUCCCUCCCCAGCUUGCAUUGCUUGCCUCAGUGAGGUGCUCAGUACGUGCUACACGGCUUUCCUAGCAACCCGGCUUUUGCAUUUCUCCUCAGUCUCUGCUCAGGCACACUGCUGAGGAGAGGAAAAAGCCACAGAGUGGAGGGAGGCAGAUAAGGAAAGCAAAAAGAAGAAGCCGGGCUCUUCUCCUAACACUGUGUUUAGUGUUUUUUGGACCAGACUGAAGGCAAGGGGCAGCCUGCUGAGAGGAGUGUGCAGUUGGUGUUAUUGCUCCACAGCGAGAGUGGUUUUCUCAGAGGAGGAGGCAGAGGAAGGGAGAGAGAGAGAGAGUUGCCUGUUGUCGUGGUCUCUCCCCUGAGUGGCUGAGGGGUGGCUCUUGGUGACAGGAAACGCAAGGCUGGCGAUGAGACCUGAGCGCUGAGUGGAGUAUGCUGCAGACGAUUUACGAGGGCGAGUCAAGUUUCUCCACAACAGACGGGCGCGUUGGACACCAGCAGCUCCUCAACCAGAGCAAGAUGCACAACGUGAACAACUCAGGUGAUCACACAGCCCGGUGUUCCUGCUCCUCUUGAGGAAUCUCUCUCCCAUUCUCUCCCUCCCUCCCUUCUUUGCAUUCCAGUCCCUGUCUUUUCCUCCAGUGCUGAAUGCGUUCCUACUUCUCACUGCUGUCUCACAUCCUCUGUGCCUCUCUCGCACACAUUCACUCCCUCGCUCUCCCACGUCCUCUCAACUAUUUGCGCUCAGCUGGUCUCUCAUUCUGUGUGAAAAGGGAACUCAAACCUCCUCAGCACAGCAACGUGGUAGGAUCAGGCUCCUCUUCCUGAAUCCAGAGUUGAAGCAUUGUGUUGUGUGAAAGAAAAGUCAUGUGGGCCACUCAGAUGAAUGCUCAACGACAAAGUGCGUCAUUGGACAUUAAGCCAGACGUGCCAUUGGCUGUGGAUCCCCUAUCUCCAUUGGACCUGCGCACAGACCUGAGAAUGCUGGGGCCAGGCUCGGACCCAGGACUGUGGGAGAGGCAGCUGCAGCAGGAGCUGCUCCUCAUUCAGAAGCAGCAGCAGAUCCAGAAGCAGUUACUAAUCAGCGAGUUCCAGAAGCAGCAUGAGAAGUUGACCCGUCAGCAUCAGGCUCAGCUUCAGGAGCACCUUAAGCUCCAGCAGGAGCUCCAGGCCAUGAAGCAGCAGCAGGAACUUGCCGAGAAGGAGCGUCGUAUGGAGCAGCAGCAGCAGCAGAACCAGCAGGAGAAGGAGCAGGAGAGGCAUCGGCGAGAGCAGCAUGUUUCCAGCCUGAGCCUCAGGGGCAAGGAGCGCUCCAGAGAGAGUCUCACAGGUGCAGUGGCCAGUACCGAAGUGAAGCAGAAACUCCAAGAGUUUCUGUUGAGCAAAUCAGCCAAGGACUCUGCCACUAAUGGAGCCAGUCAUUCUUUCAUGCACCACCCAAAACUCUGGUACACGUCUUCUCACCACACAUCACUGGACCAAAGCUCUUCUCCUCUGGGCGGCACAUCCCCCAACUGCCAGUACACUCUGCCAUCACCCAUGGAGAGCAAGGACGACUUCCCCUUGAGGAAGACAGCCUCUGAGCCCAACCUGAAAGUGCGAUCCAGACUGAAGCAGAAAGUCGCAGAGAGGAGGAGCAGUCCCAUGCUGAAGAGAAGUGAAGGAAACAUCAUGGCUCCGUAUAAGAAGAGGGCCCUGGAGCUAAUGGACUCUACACCCACUAACAGUGCCCCUGGCUCCGGCCCCAGCUCUCCCAUAGGGGCCUCUAGUGCCUUGGGGGCUGAAAAUGGACCCUCCUCUCUGCCUACUACCACAAAAACUGAGAGAUGGCCUUCACAGCCGAGAUUAUUCCGACCCGAGGGCUCUGUGUCCAUGCUGAGCUUAUACACAUCUCCCUCCUUACCCAACAUUUCCUUUGGGCUUUCGACUUCAACCUCGCCCAUUAGCGCUGCCAUGUUGAAAGACAGAUCAACAGAAAUCAGACAUGGGCUGCCUGCGAACCUCCUGGGCCCCGUGCCUCUUCAGUCCGGCCUGGAGUCCAAGGUGAGCCCCAGUCACCAGGCUCUCCUCCAACACCUCCUCCAGAAGGAGCAGAUGAGGCAGCAGAAGAUCCUCUCCUCUGUCCCUGGCUCCAUGUCGUCCCACCCUCAGUCCCCUCUGGCCAUGAAGGAUCGCCCCUCCAGCAGUCGUCCUAAACUACCAAAACACCGGCCCUUGAACCGAACCCAGUCCGCUCCACUGCCCCAAAACACACUGGCCCAACUUGUCAUCCAGCAGCAACACCAGCACUUCCUGGAGAAGCAGAAACAGUACCAGCAGCAGAUCCACAUAAAUAAGCUGUUGUCCAAGUCCAUCGAGCAGCUACGUCAGCCCAACGCGCACCUGCAGGAGUCGGAGGAAGAGCUGGAGGAGCAGCAGCAGCAGCAGCAGCAUGCGGAGCAGAUGGAGAGCAUGCAGGAGGACAGGCUGCCCCCUGGAGGAGUCAUCCGGAAGCACACGCUCAGCAGCAGCAGCAGCAGUGGCUCCAGCGGCGAGCUCCCAGACGGCCACUUCGGGGUCAUCAGGGUCAAGGAGGAGCCGGUUGACAGCGAGGACGAGGCGCUGAGCGGUCAGAGCUUAGAGUCACUGCAGAGCACCUAUCUCCACCAGGUCAAAGGGAGACUGGUGAUAAGAGCCAUGAUCUGAGGAGGGAAGAGGAGGAGAUCACACACCCGCAACAUUCGCAGACAAACAAGUCUCUACAAACAUCUACAUCUGAGAAACACACACACAUACUGUACACACACACACACACACAGACACACACACACACACAGCAGCCAUUGCACAGUAGGCCAACUCUCCCUGUCACGACCCCGUCUCACUCAGCUGCAGCCUCGCUCGUCCCACGCGCUCAGACUCUCCGUUUGUGAUCUUCGUGUAUUGAUCGCUGUAAAAUAUGUACGUUUCACUUUUCUGUGUAUAUAAUAUGAAAGAGAAUCUAGACCGUUCUUUUUAAAGAGCUGCUUUGGUCAUCAAGUGACGACACGUUUCAUGUACAUAUGCUGGUGGAUUUUAGCAUCAACGGUGAUUUCUAGAGGGAAGGUCGAACAGGUGUACAGCUUCGAAGAGCCAAGUUAUGUUCCCGUCGUGUACAUUUUUGCCAUAAAAUAUUUGAACGCUCUUCUAUCCACUUCAGCGUCGCGAGUUACCGCAAAGUCCUGACGGCGUGUUUACGAGUUUGAAACACUACAUGACCUGUUGUUCUCGAAAAAUAUGUGCUGAUGUUCCUUGUUAAGUGGUCUCAGUACUGUAAUAAUGGAACGUCCGCAUUAGAGAGAAUGUAUACUUUAAUCCUUUAAACAGAGGACGCUCCCUCAUGGCAGACUUGGGAGUGAUAUUGCCAUUGGAAAUAAGGUCCGCUGCUCAUAUUGCAAUUUGAAGGAUAAAGCACUAAAUCCUUGCCUGGGUGUGCAGGCAUCUCCCAACACAUCCCGAGUCUCCAUGUCUCUCUCUCUCUCUCUCUCUCUCUCUCUCUCUCUUUGAGUAGAGCCAGGGCCCUGUGCGCUAAGCCCAGCUCUCCUCCCUCUCUCCCUCUGGGUCCAAAUCAAAGCUCGGGCCGGGUUCCUGCCCGGCUUUCAGCAGAGGAGUCAGAGAGAAAGAGAGAAUGAGAGAGAAUGAGAGAGAGAGAGAGAGAGAGAGAGAGAGAGAGAGAGAGAGAGAGAGAGAGAGAGAGAGAGAGAGAGAGGGCCGGGCAGGAAAUGCCUUCUAGAAGCCAGGAGUUGGAGUGAUUCAUGUGUGCAGGAAUGUUGAGAGAGGAGGACCUAGGGUUGGAGGAGUCCAAGGGGCCAGGCUCGAGAAUUGAUUUACUGUCAAGACGAAUUACAAAGUGAGUGGGGAUAUGGUUAAGGGAGUCCUUUUUAAAGGGAAUCGCUUCCUUCGUAUUCCCUCGUGGCAUGGUUACCUCAAUAUGCAGGUUUGAUGUUACUUCAACAAAAAAAAAAAAAAAAAAAAACACCCUGGAUGGGACCUUGCUUCUUCUUCUUUCUUAUUAUUAUUUUUUUUUUAAAAGCCUGUUUUCCCCCCUGAAAGUGCCCAUUGCUACAUGUAUACUCUGUCUUAAAGUGAUCAAUCAAAUGUAUUGCAUAGCUGUAAACCUUCCAGUUUCAUUUGUACCGUCAACUCAAUGUUAAAACAAAAGAAAACAACCCCCAAAAAAAUGCUAGUAUGAGGUUCUGUGUGUGGAUCCAUGUGAAAAUCAAAACUGUUUGUCUUAUACUGUACAUUCGAGAUUGUCCGGCCGUAAUGUUUUUAGUGUAAGUAAACACAAUCAGAACAAUGUGAGUCUUGUUCUCUCGCUCCCUUUGAUUCGGUCGCAACGAGAACCCCCCCCUUCGCUGUCGAUGGGUGUGUGUGUGUGUGUGUGUGUGUGUGUGUGUGUGGGGGGGGGGGGAUCCUGUUCAUGUGGUCUGUUCAUAGCAGUUUGCAGUUUUUCUUCUCUUGUUAUUUUUUGCCUUGUGUGAUUAAAAAUCUUUUUUUUUCUAAAUAAAGUUCAUUUACCUCUGA